AUGGGCAAGAAAAGAAAGGCCGGCAAGCUCUCCUCCUUGAAGCAAUCUGCUCCCGAUCAAAACUUCACGUUUGCAGCCGAUGCGCGCUUCGACGAUUCGCAGGACGAGUUCGAGCAGGGUCGGGAUCGUAUUCUUUUGGAAGAAACCCCGGAGGCAAAGAGGAGGCGGAAACUACAGGAGCAAGAAGAGUUCUUUCAACCGUCCGACGAAGAAGUCCUGCGGUACCAGUCUGAAUCAAUAGACGAUGAAGAAUUUGGCGAUGACGGUGACGACGACGACGACGACGACGACGACGACGAGGAGGAGGAGGAAGGGAGAGAUGAGGAAGAAGUCAUCAAGGGAUGGGGUUCGUCUAAAAAGGACUACUACGAUGCAGAUAUUAUUGAAACAGAGGCAGGUGCUUUCGAAGAGGAGGCAGAGGCCAAAAAGAUCCAGCAACAGCGGCUGCAGGCUCUCAACGAGGCGGAUUUCGGGUUCGACGAAGCUGAAUGGGCCGCUUCGGGGAAUUCUGCUGAACUGGAUCACAAGGCAGAGAAUAAUGUUGUCACGGAGGUUUUGCCUGAGUUGCAGGUGACUGAUGAUAUGAGUGUUGACGAACGACGGAAGAUUCUAAACCAACGAUACCCCGAAUUCGAGCCGUUGUCAAAAGCAUUUCUCUCGCUUCAACACGUUCACGAUGAGCUUGCUGCUACAACUAAGAGUCUUGGAAACAUGGAAGAUCAUGAAGGUGACUCCAUUCCUCUACCUGUGAUUAAAUUUCGCGCACUCUCUGCUUAUUUGGGAGCUAUCAGCAUGUACUUUUUUCUUUUGACAUCCCCUUCAAGAAAUGGAGAAUCGCGUUUGGCAAUGCCGCCUGCUGAGCUAAGAGAUCACCCGAUCAUGGCCACACUGAUUAACUGCAAGAAGCAAUGGGACGAAGUAGAGGAUAUCCAACAAGUCGAGGAAUCUGAAAUGGAAUCGGAUUACAACCAUGCUGAUGACCAGAUCCCGCACGCACAAGCACCGGAAACCGAAAUCACGGAAACAAAGAAGAAGCCCGCUGAACCCAUUCCUGUGACCAAACAUAAGAGAACAAAGGCCCAAAAAGCCGUAGAAGAUGCUAAAGCUAUGGCAGAAAAGAAACGAACCGAAAAACUCCACCAGACUGAAGCUGAACUGGCCGACCUCUCUAAACUGCUAGAUUCCCGAACAAUUAAAAAGCUAUCCAAGCAAACUCAAAAGACCAAACCACGGCAAGACGAUGACUCAGACUUCGGUGACGAAACCACCCUCAACGCCCAUGAAGCCGAAGAAAAAGCCAAGAAGAGAAAAUCCCUUCGUUUCUAUACCUCAGAAAUUGCACAGAAGGCCAACAAACGUGGCACUGCUGGUCGUGACGCUGGCGGCGAUGCAGACCUGCCAUACCGGGAGAGGCUAAAGGAUCGCCAAGCUCGUCUAAAUGCCCAGGCAGAGAAGAGAGGCAAACGGACUCCUCCUGACAACCUCAACGACCUUGGGGGAAACAGCGAGGAGGACGAUCGCCGUCUUGCUAAGGAAGCGAGAGGUGACAAGGGUGGAGCAGGCUCCGACUCAGACGAUUACUAUGACAUGGUCGCUGCGCGGUCGCAGCAGGAGAAAGCGGAGAAGAAGAAACUUGCGGAGGCCCAAGCCCAAGCUGUUCGCAAAGGUGGACGUGUUGAGACCCAAGAGGAAAUUGGGGAGGAUGGCAAGCGAGCCAUUACGUACGCGAUUGAGAAGAAUAGGGGUUUGGCGCCGAAGAGGAGUAAGGAUGUGCGGAAUCCGAGAGUUAAGAAGAGGAAGAAGUAUGAGGAGAAGAAGAAGAAGUUGGGGAGUAUUAGGCAGAUUUAUAAGGGUGGUGAAGGGCGUGGUGGCUACGGUGGAGAGCUCACUGGCAUCAAGACUAAUUUGGUCAAGAGCGUCAAGUUGUAG